AUGAAUGUUCCAAGAGCGCAGCUCGCGCAGUCGAACGGGAUACAGUUACGCAAUGCAGCAAAGAAGGUCAUCGAUGAGGUGAAUAAUCUACGCCUGUGGCGCGGGCUUGAAACGAGUGAGAUCGAUGGCACUGCGUGCUGGAGAGAGAUCGGGCGUCGUUGGCUGCCAGCACUUUUAGGCGUGCUUGAUGCGCUGCGUGCGGCUCGUCAAACUAGUCCUAUUGGUGUUGACAGUCACCACCCGCCCCCCGCACCUCGGGAUACGCUGUCGUUACAAGAGCUAACGGCUAUUUAUACAGCCCUGGAGCUAGUGGCGAUGUGGGGUGUGGCCCCACUAGUAGUCGAUGGCGUGCGACCUAUAGAACGGACGUACUCACGGGCGGUACAGAUCCCCGACGCAGUGCGGAGGUGGGGCUUACGGAAUGCGGUAGCUGCGCGGGAACUAUGGGCGAUGACGUGCGUGCUGGACCGUGCAAACGUUCUACAGCUCAUUUCGGACAUACUUCUUGAGAUCAUUUCUUCAGGCCCGUUGGCCCCUAUUGCAAGUCGGUUUGCGGUCGAUGCUUUGGCUGCGUGCCUUUCUGCGCGUGAGCUCCGAAACAGCAAUGCGACAAGUCUUUACCUCGAUCGGAUCCCGCUUCCUUGGGCAUGUGCGGCCAUACGGGAAUUGCUCGGUGGUUAUUCAGAGGAAGCAGAAACUGUCUGGAUGAAUUAUCGGCAUGUCAGUGGAGACGCCACAUUUUAUGCGCGUGCUGUUGCUCCUCAACUUGCCUCACUGCUGAUUUUUAACACGAGGAAAAAUGUGGUCGACUUUCCAGAGCUAGUGGCACAGAGUCGUGUUGGUUUGGACGCGCUCGCUCAGCUCCAUGAGCGGGGAUUUUCAAAGAUUGUAGUUGCGUCGCUACUCGGACAAUUUGGGGGUGUUACGGAUGAAACUGGAGUAGCUCGGGGACUUUGUAUUCUCAGAUCGCUCUCGCGACACGCUCUACCAGGCUUUGGGGGAAAACUAUCAUUAGAUUCCAAGCUCCUAGAGUACCUCAUUUGCCUCGUCAACUUCGCACAGAACUCCAACAGAAAGGUAUGUGCUAAGGACGUGGCGCUGAUACUGAGAUAUGUUUUACAGUCAUCAAUAAAUCCCGAAGCGUUGAUUUUUGACGCGAUGACCAGGCCACGGACAAUACGCUUUGAGUCUAGGCUGCAAGGAGGGAUCGUUGCCGUCGAAAGUGACGAGAUUCAGGACAUUGACGUCACCAUUCUGAUCGAAGCAUUGGAUAGUCCAAAGCUCCCAAGUUCUCUUUUGGCCUUAUGUUUGUACAAGUUCCUCGAGUGGCGGCGACAGAGACAAGCUUCUGACCUUUCGCGCAUUCGUCCAACGCUUAAACUUGCGGCUGAUCUCUCGACGCACCUUGACACGGGUACUAUGUUUGCGCCCGGUGCAGAUCUCAUUAGGACAGUAGGCCUCUUACUUUCUGAUGCCGCUGACCGCAUUCAUGCAUCCUCUUUGAACCUCAAGCCCAAUGUGAAUGAGGAGGAGGAUAAUUGCUCUCUGGAAACAGUGGCUUUGAGCACACUACUAAGCAUCCUGGAAUCUGGUGUGCUUGAGCGCAGUAUAGAACAUGAAACGGCAUUGAGGGCGCUCUUGCCGUCACUCACGUUACUUAGUUGCCCACGCUACCAUGAUGCUGAAAUUUCCAAAGCUGCUGUUCAGUGUCGAGCGAUUAUAUUCUCCCGAGGCUGCCAGGUGAUGCAUUCUCAAGUCAAGUCUGACUCAGCAAGCCAUGCGUCAGAAGCCAUGCUCGCCGAAAUUGCUUUGGAUAUAUCGUCUCCUUUGCCCGCACUCCGAGCAUUUUGUGUUGUUCGACUCGGCAAGCUCUGUAAGCACUACACUCUCAAUCGGGACCGGGGGCAUGUGCAAGAGAUGAGUAGCAGGCUAUCAAAGCCAAUUCCCUGGUUGAAACUUGCGGAUAUUCUUCUCAAGGCGCUCGAGGACCAGGAGUCCUACGUGUACCUUGCUGCAGCACAUGCUCUUGCCGCUGUGGCUGACACAAGUCCCAGGGAAGUGUUGCCCUGGUUCUUGCAGUCUUUUUGCUCUUUGAGCAACGACGUUAUUAAGACGAGGCUCGGCGAAACCCUCAUGAUCACAAUUCGCCGAAGAGGCGAGGCUGCACCUGCAUAUGCACAGAUUGUUGGGGAGUCGCUCUGCUGUGGUGCCCGUCAUGAUCAGCCCGUCGCCACACGCAUUGCGAAUCUUUCCCUCCUGGGCGAACUUUGUGGCGUUGUUGGAAUAAAUGUCCAUACCUUUGCUAUCGACCUAUGUAAUUUAGUGUCCAGUAUCCUCGUCUCCACGGAUGUGACCUCUGAUGUACGACGCGCUGCUUCUUAUCUCGGCUACCGCGCCAUAGCCGGCUGUGGCCAAGCCCUGAUUAUGAAUGUUCCAAGAGACUGUGCCAGUAUGUGCAAGCGCCUGCGCGUCCAUGCUCUGAAUUCUGCUGACGACGUCACAAGACUUCACGCAAAUAACGCGCUGCUUGCCCUCGAUACUCUGCUUUCCGGCCUCCUUGACGUCAAACAAAACGGCUCACUGGAAAGAGGAGAACUUGCUCCAAUAUAUCGCGAUGUCUGGUUCCAUGGCGGCUUCCCGGCCCGCGGAAAAUUCGACGUGUUCUAG